AUGAAUUUAUUAAAUUAUGACUUUAUUGCUCAAGAAAAUUUGAAGUUUUUAAAAACAUACAAAUACAAAGGCACUGAUUAAUCGUUGCUGUAUAAUUAUGUCCUUUCACCUUUUGCUAAUUGGUGUUUGAAGUAUGUGCCUUUGAAUGUGGCGUAAAAGAAUUUUUAUAAAAAAAAGUCCUAAUACGCUUACCCUGUUGGGACUAAUUUGCAUCAUAAUUUGUCACAUAUUAUUUUAUUUUGUGAUGGGAGACAACUUUUAAGGAACAAUACCAGGUUGGUUAUUAUGGACAACCUUCAUUUUACACAUGAUCUAUAUGGUAAUUAUAUUUUACCUAAAUUAGAAUUUUGAUAACUUAGAUGGAAAGCAGGCAAGAAGAACAAGUAAAGUAGUUAAUUCAUUGUUUUUAUAGACAAUUCAUCUCCUUUGGGCAUGAUUCUUGAUCACAAUUUUGAUUCUAUGAUCAUUGCAAUAUAAGGUAAUUUAUGGACGUAAUUUAGGUACAAAUUUCGUCACUUGUCUAUAAUGCGGAUAAUCAAUAUUGGCAUUUCUAUUAAUAUGUGUUCCAACUUAUCCAUUCUAUAUCAUAGCACAUGAAGAAUACUACACGCAUGAAAUGAAUUUGCCAAUAAUUAACGCUGCUGCUGAAGGGACUGUUUUUGUUGGUUCAUUAUUUGCCAUAAAUGCCAUAUUUGGUAAUUUAUAAUAAAUUUAUUUAAGGUUGCGACUUUUGGACUUAGAAAAUGCCACGGUUUUAUAAUUUAUAAUUUAAUACUGUGGCUAUAAUAAUAUUUUUUGUAGUGGUGGCCUUUGGACUUCCUUUUGUGUAAAUAAAUUUCAAAUAUUAUUUAUCAAGGUUCAAGAAAAUUACAAAAUUCGUCCCCCUUUCUCAAGCCUUAAAAUCUCAAAGGUACAUGCUAUUCGCGGGCCUAGUGCUAUUUUAUGUGAUACAAUUCUCCCCAAGUGAUGUUGGUUCUAGACACAUGAGAGCAAUUCUCUAUAUAUUUGGUUUCACAAUGAGCAAAGCUGUGGUAUUUAUAUUAUCUUUACUCAAGGGUAUUGUGGCUGUCUAUCAUGUUAGCAAUCAGGAUUUACCGAAUUAUUUGAAUUCUAUUUAUCUCUUUUUCGUAUUGUUGUUCAAUACGAUAUAUGGGUAAAUUUUUGGAUAAUCCUUAAUUGAAGAAGGAUUGUUAUUAUAAGGAAUAGCUCUGAUUACUGUUCUUGUCCACGUCCAUUUCUUGUACAAUAUAACUAGAUAAAUUAGCCAAGCUUUGAAAAUUAAAGUAUUUAAAAUCAAUAAAUGA